AUGACGGCCAAACAGGAAUUCACUAGCUGGCUGUUUCCUACCAAGGUCGAGACGAAGUCGGCCCCUGACGUCAACGCUCAAGCACCAAACACCGCCGAUAUAUCUUUCCCCAGAAGCGAUGGCAAGCCUGUUGUGAUUGCCUUCCUGCGGCACUGUGGCUGUCCGUUCGCGGAGAAAACUUUCCUCCUCCUGCGAAAGCGAGCUGAAGAGAACCGAGAUGUGCAGUGCAUUGCUGUUUCUCAUAGUGACAAACCUUCGACCGACAAAUGGGUUGAGUCGGUAGGUGGAGCUGCCAACGUGCAAGUCAUCGUGGACAGCGAGCGCAAAAUAUAUGGCCAAUAUGGUCUGGGGGUGGCUAGCUUCUGGCAUGUGCUGAACCCUUGGAGCCUGGGUGCGGUCUUUACAAUGGCUCGUGAGGAGAAGAUCGCCAACCGACCGACCGAGAGUGGUACCCGCUGGCAAACAAGUGGUGUUUAUGCGGUCGAUGCUUCCGGUGUGGUCAAAUACUCGCAUCCGUCUGCGACGACAGAUGAUCUUGGUGAUCUGGAAGCUGCGGUGAAAUCGAUCAAGAAGUCGACCAACAUUUGA